CAUAAGACCGCGCCGCGCUCCUGCGUCUGCGGCUCAGCUGGAGAAAGGACAAAGUGUUCAAACACGGAAAAACCUGACUGACGCGCGGUUGUAAAGAUGGAGCGUAUAAAAAAAAAGAGUGAAGAAGUGAAGAGUAAAGAAACAUUCAGACAUGAAGAAGCUGAGGAACAAACAGACCCGAUGGCACUGAAAGAGAAGAGUGAAGAACUCAAUGAAGCGGAUGAGAAAGAUCGUGAUUUCAUGAAUGGGGAAAAAUCCUUUAACUGUUCACAGACAGAAAAGACUUCAAGAAAAAUGGCUCAAACGACGGGAGGAAGUUAUAUCGCCUGCCAACCGUUUGAAAAGGGUUUCAGUCAAACAGAAAGCAUUAACAGGUCUGUGAGUAUCCACACAGGAGAGAAACUAUACGCGUGUCAACAGUGUGGAAGGAGUUUCACUCAACAUCGACACCUUGAAGUCCACAUGAGAGUUCACACCGGAGAGAAGCCCUUUGCCUGCCAGCAGUGUGGAAAGCAUUUCAGUCAUAGAGUAAGUCUUAAAAGACACAUGAGGAUUCACACCGGAGAGAAGCCGUACACCUGUCAGCAGUGUGGGAGGAGUUUCACUCAGUCUGGACAGCUCGGGCUUCACAUGAGCGUUCACACCGGAGAGAAGCCCUACAAGUGCCCGCAGUGCGGAAGGAGUUUCAACCGAAAAGGAAACCUUCACUGCCACAUGAAAAUUCACACCGGAGAGCAGCCGUACACAUACGAUCAGUGUGAGAAGAGUUUUGAUCAACAGGACGUCCUCGACGUCCACAUGAGAACUCGUCGAGAGAAGCCCUACAUCUGUCCUCAGUGUGGAAAGUGGUUUAAUCAUAAAGGACGCUUUGAGGACCACAUAAGAACUCACACCGGAGAGAAGCCUUUCACCUGCCAGCAGUGUGGGAAAUGCUUCAGCCAAAAAGGAAACCUCGACAGGCACAUGAGAGUUCACACCGGAGAGAAGCCCUGUAUAUGUGGUCACUGCGGAAAGAGAUUCAGAUAUAGAGCAGGACUUAAGUACCACAUGAGGUUUCACAUUUGAGAGCUUGGGUUACGCCUUUUCAGGCCCUGAAAACCAUCCUAGCUGAUUUUAUGCUGCCAAUGUAACAUGGGUCAUGUAAUAACACCAGAGAGAAGCCUUUGCUCUGUGGAAAGACUUGCAGAAACCAGACAAUCUUGAGCUUAACAGAAGCACCCCUGAUAUAAUUCAAUGCAGCCAAGCGGUGCAUUUGGGCGUGUUGUCCCGCACUGGUCUCAAACUUGAUU